UGAGAAUUGAGGAGUGGGUGAUUGUUAUCAAUUAUUGUUUUUUAUUUUUUACAUAAUAAAAUGUAAAAUGCUUUUUAAAUAAAUAAUUAGCUGUCGGAAUUUGUGAAUAUCGUUAUAAUAUAGUGCAAAAUGGUCUGUAAAAUGAUCUCGAUGCUUUAUAAGUCAAUGUUUAUGUCAGGGUUCUGGAACUGGACUAGAAAACAAGAAUAGCUCUGGAGAUGUGAUGUUUAGGCAUUAAAGAAAUGAUGUUUUUGAAUAUUUGUUUGUUGUUAUUGGCGGUUCCAUCGUGUAUGAGCAUAGAUGAAUGUCCGACAAAAUGUUUCUGUAAAAGAGGCACACAAAAAGAUGGAUAUCUCAAAGUUAGUUGUGGAGAGGAAGAAAAGAUAUCCACUCUAGAAGAAAUAGAUUUGUUGAAUGUAGCAGAUGAGUUAGGGCAAUUGAAUUUAUCAGGAAACUACCUGAAAACAUUUUCACUUCUAGCAGAAUUACCUAUACUUCAGAAGCUUGAUCUCAGCAAGAACCAAAUAAGUGAUCUGCUUCCAUACCAGUUCAAACUAACACCAGCUCUUAGAAGAUUAGACAUAUCAUCUAAUAAUAUCAAGCAUAUAGAUCUGCUAGCAUUUGAAGGUUUGCAACAUCUGGAGAGGUUAAAAUUAAACCAAAAUCAAAUUGCUACCAUUGUGUAUGGAACAUUUGAUCCAUUGGUUAAUUUUAAACAAGUUGACAUAUCCCAAAACCCACUGAUAUGUGACUGUGGACUACUAUGGCUGCUAGACUGGAGCCAGAAAAAAUCUGUAAAACUGCUGUCAAACCCUAAAUGCAACUCACCAGCAGCCUUCAGAGGUCAACUUCUUAGGAAGCUCAAAAUUGGAGAUGACAUACUGUGCAAGUCACCUGCAGAGAAUGGUGACUUGCCUAUUGUUGAUCUUAGACCAGACAAUGAUCAGGUAGUUUUUGAGGGUGACACUCUAACGCUUCAAUGCCAUGCACCUACCAUCUUGGACACAUAUGAAGAGGACUCAGUCACUGCUUCUGCGUCCAAACUUGAAUGGAGUUGGUCUGGUGGCAAUCCAACUGGACAUUUUCCAGAGCUUUCUAUUGAGGGCAGAGCCCUUCCGAGUGCUGGAAGGGUCUGGAGUACUCUUACCAUUCCCAAACUAAACAGGCAACAUGCUGGAAUAUGGAGCUGUUUUUUACUUUCUGUACAUGGGAAUUUUUCUAAAGAAAUCGCUCUGGUGGUGAUCAGCGACGAAAGUCGUUACUGCCCAAUGACAAUGACUGUCACUAAUAAAGGGUCGUACAGCUGGCCUCGGACCCUAGUCAACAACUCUGCAAAGAUGCCCUGUCAAUCCCUCAACUUGAAUUACGACGCUGAACGCCAGAGAGCGUAUCACACUUGUGAUGCUGGUGGAAGGUGGGCAAACCUGAACACUAGUGCAUGCUCAUAUAUCUCUGAGCAUACCAAAAUAUUGGAACAGUUCUCGAAGGUGAACAGCAGUAUAGAAGAAAGCGCAAAGCACUUUCGCAACUACACGUUGAACAAGAACGUGUUCGAGGAUCCGGUGGAUUUGGCCUUCGCCGUGGACACCAUCUUGGGGUACCUGGGGCAUUCACCACCCUCCGAUUCCGGCACCGUUGCCGCUAUUCUCAUGGAUGUGGCUGACGGACUCUUGGAUCUGCCCGAGGCGUAUUUGCGUCAUGCCCAGCAGUUGUAUAAUACUUCGCUAAGGUUGCUUGAAGCUAUGGAAACAAUGGCUGUCAUCACUACCGCCUCGUCGCCUUUCCAUCAGACAAACCUGGCAUUAGAAUCAUUCACGGUCAAGAAAGAAGCAUUCGAGGAGCUCCGUUGCACCUGGUAUCUGAACACCUCCAACCCAAAAAGCUCGAUGUUCUCCUGUUCUUCCGUAGGAAACAGCCAGUCAGAUAUCAUCUCUCUACCCGGUAAAACUGCCGAAGCUUCAAUUACUGUUCCAGGGGAUUUGUUCGAGCAACUGAGGGACCAAAGUGAGAUGACCCUGGUUGAUAGGAGGGAUUUUAGACUCUUGGUGGCCAUGCAUAGAACUGCAAAGCUGUUCAAAGGAAAAGACGCGGAUAAAAAAGAUGUUACAUCGGCAGUGGUUGGGGUAAAUUUGGGGGACAUCAAAGUGACGAACCUAACAACCCCUGUGUACGCGAUGGUCCGUCGACCUCCUAGUACGGACCUGAUGGAAGUACGCCCUUUUGCACCUGUUCGUUGGGACCCUUCUGCCAAUGACGGAACUGGUGAAUGGACCUCAGAGGGUUGCAGUUUCUCACACCAACUUCAGGACCAUCUUGUAUUUUCCUGUGAUCAGUUCGGGUUCUAUGGACUCCUACAGGACGUUUCUCGUCUUCGUAAGCAGUUGGAAAGUGAGAAGUUGACAGCAAAAUUUAAAUUUUCUCAUCCCGCCAUCUACGUUGGAGCUUUUAUACUUUUUAUUUCGUUUUUAGUCGCCAUCAUGACAUAUUUGCUGUGUUAUUUUGAUAUUCAGAUGCCAAAGAAAGCAAAACACUCCCUGGUAAACACUUGGAUGUCGAUCGUGCUCCUCUGUUACGUUUACAUAUUUGGUAUCCAUCAAACUGAAGACGUACGCCUAUGCCAAGGAGUGGGCAUGACUUUACACUAUCUUACCUUAUGUUCUUUACUCUGGAUGUGCGUUGCUCUGAACUGCAUGUAUAAGAGGCUCAGCAAGCACAGGCACCUACACGAUCAGGCGAUUUGCAAUCUGCAGGAUGAUGAUCUUCCAUCGAGUUCUGACAGGCCGGUACAGAAGCCUAUUUUGGGAUUGUAUCUAGUUGGUUGGGGCAUCGGCCUGAUAGUAUGUGGCCUAUCGGCCGCGAUCAAUGUUAACGAAUACGCCACCUUGGGUGAAGAAGAUGAUGGUGGCCAAUGUUUCCUACGACCAGGACCUGCUUUAAGCGCACUCUAUGCCCCAGUAGCCAUCUUGUUACUCUUCCUGAUGGUUAUGUUCUUGUUGGUGAGGUGUGCAGCUAAAGACCUUGAUGGGAACGGACAUCUCAGUGAAGGCACACAGGCCACCGAGCACGUAGACCUGGAGCUCCUCGAACCCAACUUCCCUAGCAGUACCGCAGGCGGUACAACCGGCGGCGGCAACAACGCAACCGGAAACGUAGAAGCGCGCAGCGUCUCCUCGAAGACCGCGAGUAGCAGUGAGAUGGAAGACCCCGAACACGCGCCCACCGCGCAGCUGAACGCGCACGCCAUCUUCCUGACGUUCUACGUACUGACGUGGUUGUGCGCCGCGUUCGCUACCGCUUCGCCCUUCCGCAUGGUGGCGUUCGAGGAACAACUGUUUAGUAUCGCGUUUGCGGUGCUUGCGACGAUGCUGAGCGCAUUUACGUUGUUUUUCUAUUGUGUGGCCAGGAGCGAUGUACGAACAAGAUGGAUGAUCUUCCUGCGCUGGCUGACACCUAGUGGUAACAACAGGAAACAACAGCGACCUCCCUUCUGUCUAUUUCGCUCUCGUAACGUGUCCGACCGUGGCGCAGGGCUGCCGCCCCACAUCCAGAUACAGCCUUUGCCCCCACUGCCCCCUGGUGAACAGCAAGUUGUUGGUACGUUGGUGUCCAGGAGUACCAGCAGAAGUUCAACGCAUACGAAAUCUAAUGGGAGUCAUGUGCUCAAGGGAGCUGUUGAUUUGAACGGUGGCAACUUCAGUGACAGUCAGCACCAUCAGCAACCACACCAAGGCGCAAAGAUCAACAACGUGAACCUUGUGGUACUGCAUCGCCAGCAAUACCGUACAAAUGUCAUCCCAAACAUAAUUGAGAACCCCACAAACGCUGCUCAAGUAUUCUAUAACCCCCAUCAGAGCACUGUGGCAAGGAAAUUCUUCAAGCGUCAGAAACGGAACAUGCUGAAGAAAAACAACCUGACGAAGCCACCUUUACCACAACCUAGAGACUUAAAUAGUGACUCGGCGUCUGUUUUUUCGGAUCAUCAACACCAUCACCACCAUAGGCCCAAGGUCAAGAAUGCUGCUGAUCAGCCGCAAAACAUAUUUGGCACAAAUUCCAAGGUGAACAACACGAAUAUCCACGUAGAACAAGUCAGACGCGUCCAACAAAAAAACCCAAACAUCUUUUCUGAUAGCGCCGAAGAUCUUGAUUCAGUCAGCAACGUGCCAGUGGACAACAUUGUGAUCAACGCUGAAAGGUUGAGGAAAAGGGAGAUGUCCAAACAGCAACAACAGCAAAAGUCGCCUGCUGUCCAACCUCCGACAAGAAAGAAACAGCAGAAUCAUGGAAAUGGUACCAUGAAGUCUGCGUCGGACAAAAAUAUGAGAUCUGUUUCACAGCAGUGUACGCUUGACUACAGUUCUGAAACCAUAUCCGACUCGAUCCUCGACAAGCCUUGUAGCCCAGACAAAUCCAUGGACGUUCAUCACCCGAUGCUAGAUGGAGGUAGCAGCCUGGUGGUGCUCGAGAACGACCCACACUACUGUCGGAUUAACGAUGCGCGGGGCGCGGGCGUUUUGCCGGCUGAUGCGACGUGCGUCUAUGCACACCCUUAUGAUGAAGAAGCUAAGCGCGGAGAAGGCAGUAGUGUCAGUGUGAGUGAUUUGGAUGAGUUGUAUCAGCAGAUUAGGAGUGGUGGAGCAACUGGACAAAGGCAUAAUAGAUAUAGGGGAGCUAGACAUGCAGCCGUCAGUCCAUACCUCAGCGAUUCUGAGGUCAACUCAUUCGUUAGCGAUAGAAGGCACCGAAGAAAUCGUACCGCUUCUUACAGUCACUUGCACUUUGACAGGUACAGCGAUGAUGUAGAAACCACUGUUUGAAGCGAAUCGGAUACGCGUCUUACAAUACCCUAUGCAAAUAUAUUUUUCAAUGAUGUACGAUAAUUGCUCCGCCUCUAACCUCUUUGCUAAUGAUAGUUAUUGACAGUAAAGCAAGUGAUCUUAGUAGGCUGACAGUUAUGUUAACAAAAUAAGUUUUUUAUAUCAAACUAUGUACUACUUGGUACGUAUAUAUGACAAGGAUUUUAUAGAAAUAUAUACCGUUGAGCAGAGCCGCAAUUUUCAAAUAUUAUGGCGACGGUUGGAGGGUGUGCAUUUUCUUAUGAUAUAGCCAAACAAGAUUUUACAGAGAAGCAUUGGGGCAGUUCGCAAGUAUCGCUAAACAUGAUGGUUCGUCCGUCCGACCAUAGCAAAGGCUAAGAUAGAAAGCUUUCGUCGUCUUAGAGAUGAGUGACCAAGCCCAGAACAUGCUGAUUCCAAGAAGCACGAAACCGCUGUCCAUGUUUGGCUGCCUUUUGGUCGGACGGACGAAAGAAUCAUGUUUAGUUUAUUUAUUGGCAACUAGACCACAUCUACUUUACAGCUAGAAUCAUCAGCAAUCUAGCGAUCACGUGGUGAUUGGGCUAUUAAACGUGAACUGAGAUCCCUAACAGUUCCAACUUAUAGAAGUAUGAGCUUUCCGCCGUGGUCGAUUCUGGUUUUAUUUACAUAUCGCUUUAUCACGAUAAUGGUCUCAGGCAUACCUUCUGCAUUGCUAUGGCUGUUCUACAACAACCAGUCUUUGAAUUGGUAGAUUACUGUUUUUCUCCCAGUAAUUUCAUACUAUUUCCAUAAUUAUAAGAAAAAAUAAUCAGUGUGAACAACAGGCGAUGUAUAUGUCGUAGGAGACCGGUUUUCAGCAGUAUGAAAAAAUUUUCACUGUGCAGGUAUUAGCAGGGAUCAUGUUGAACAGUAAAAAACUGUAAUCAAAUAUAGCUUUAUUACAAGUAGAUUAGGGGCGAAGCUUAAUGAUUAACCCUCGUUCGUUUCAAUAUCCCAUCUAUAAAUCGUUCCAAUAUUGAUAUGGUCGAUAAGUCUUGUCAAUUGUAUGACAUUUUAGAUUAUUCCGCAAGCUUCAGUAACCAUCCUGGUUCUAAAUAGCUUUAAGUGUGAGAUUUUAACAGAAAUAUUAUCUCUAUAGGGCGUUGUUGUGCGGUAUAUUCAAUGUAACAUAUAUUUUUAAAGUCUAAAAGCCAUUAAGUAAUUCGGUUUCCUGUGCUAAGCAUUGCGAAAAUGUUGAUGUGCUUGGUAUUAAACGUGAUAGAAAUAUGUGCCAAAAUGUUGUUCAAGCUUUUCAUGUGACAAAUAUGGGAAAACAUCACAGUUGUCUUGUGAUUGGAAAACAUCCUGAUCUCUUCCUCCAGAUUUUCAAAACUAUUCUAAUCUUCGUGGAUCUGUGACCUCUUUCCUUUUGACUGAAUUUCUUAGUGAAAAGAUUUCCUUUGAAUUUACAGCGGACAAAAAAACCGCGAUCUCGAAAAACUUAAUUUUUCUCUUGGAAUCUUUUCGGUCUUUUUGGCAUGUAGACAAAAAGCUAAUAUUAUAUUUUUACUUGAACCAAGACUAUUUCGAGUACAAGGUUCAUGAUGUUUUGUACUACUAAAUACGUAAAUUGACUGAGUAAUAAAAUAAAGUAGCACAUGCUUUUAUAAAAAAUAUAUAGACACCAAGGGCAAGAAAUGUCUAUUUAAAAAAAGGACAAAACGAUACCCAGUGUAACAAAUGUUAUUAUUCGUCGAAAUAUCGGUAUACAUACAUAUAUAUUUUUUGUAAGCCGUUUUAUAGGAACAAAGAUAGCAUGCGUUGAUGUGAUGUAGCUUAUAGUGUUGUAUAUUAUAGUGUGUAUCAUUAUUUCUUGGAAACAAAUUGAAAUAGGCAUUCACGAAAUGGUUUUUUAGUGUGAAAAAUUUCACUGAUAAAUGCAAUAAAAAUGAGUUUGUUGUGAGAUGUAUUUAAAAAUAAGCGGAGUUAUAUUCAUUUGAUAAAAAAUACGCGUCUUUUUUUUCAAAAAAUUCUUAGGUAAGAUUUAUUUUCAAGAAAUAUCGAGGGUCUCACGCCAUAUAGGCGUAUGCGCCACAAGUGAAAUUUUACACGAGAGACAAAAAACGGCUCAGGAAUGAAUGGUUUGAGAAAAUUAAAAAAUAGAUGCGGCAAAAAAUAAUUUACAGUUUUUGAUAUUCUUUUCAAAAUUAAAAAUAUUAGCUAUUUUGACCAAAACUUGGCUGAUACCUCUAUAUGCCAGGAUGAAACUAUUGGUUAUUUUGGGGCAUAUGAAUCAUUUAUAUGAAAUAAUAAUCAAUAAAUAGCCAAAUAAGGAACGAAUCAAAUUUGUUAUUACUACUACAACAAUUUAAGGAAAAAAUAUAAUGCUUUAGGAUGUACAGAGUUUUCUCAUAAAAUAUUAAAAAAAUGUAAAUACAAUGUUUCUCAGUUUUAAGUAAAUUUUUAAAUUAUACAGUUUUUAUAUUUGCACAGGAUUUUUUAAAAGUGCUGCUCGGAUUUCAACUUCCAAAGUUUAUAUGCGACACGAUGUGAAAAUAAUUUCAAACAUUACUUGAAACCAAAAAAAUUUAUUUUUUAGACACUUUAGUAUACCAUAGUGAAAAACCUUUUACCUUCUAAUUUCUUUAUUGUGCCCCUAAUUUUUUUUUAACUAAGAUACAACAAAAAUUUUACUAAAAUAAGGCAAUAUUGUUACUUCUCGAAUAUACAUGUACCCCAGUAUUAAUUCCUCUUCCUUUUUCUCUUCAACAUCUUUGCUCUUAAAGCUGAUAGUGGUAGUUCAUCUUCAUAUCCAUUGGAAUGAACAUGAGGUAACAAUCGUAAAAGUUGUGGUAAAUUGAAGGUACAGUAUGAUCUUUUCCAUGACAAAGAUACUGCAAAUCCGAAUAUUUUAAUUCGCCAAUUGGGAGUUUGGAGUCAUACAGUGGCUUAAGCUGAAUAUCUAAAUUUCUUCUGCGUCGUUGCAUAAUGUUCACAGCUUCAAAUUGCUCCUCCCAAAACUCAUUUUUGAAGAAAAGUGGAUCCGGAUUGGACUUUUGAAAACGCAACCAACGUACUUCUUUCCAGUUUAGAACCUCCCCAUUCUCUGACAUAUUUUGAAAAGGGUUUUAUUAAAUAAUAUUAACGUCGUAGGGAUGUCCGCUUUUCUUAGCCAAUCUAAUAACAUUUACCCAGUCAUUAGGUAUGAAUAUCUUCGCAUACUCGGAAGCAGUUCCAAUUGUAGCGUGCAUGGAGUCACACUCCUUGUGUUUGUGACCACGCUCUAAGAAUUUUAACUCAAUAACCUCUAUAUUGGUCUUUAAACUCACUUGAUGUAACAUGCUUGCAACAAUAGUAUUUCUAUUCUGACCAGCGCAGCAAUCUGAAAACAUCGAUAGAUGUGUAACUGUGAUUUCAGCAAAUUUCAUUAGGCACGAGGCGAUUUCAUUUGAACCCCGUUUUCCUUCAGUCUCAGACCAAAUAUAACAUCGUCCAUGUUUUUUUUGCAACUUCGUAGACUGUAAAAUUGAAAUUAGCUAAUUUUCUUUUAUAAAAAAUCGGUUUGGCAUGAUAAAGUGGGCAGUAUAAAACUGCCUCUAAAUCAAAGUUAGCUGAACAGUAUUCUGGAUUACUUUAGGCCAAGUCAGCGUCUCUCUUUUUUCCUUGAUUUGCCGCAUUUUUACGUUUAAUGUGUAGGUCGUAUCGUUCUUUCUCAUGCCGGUCAUCAUCCGGUUGUAGUUCGUACUUAUAACAUCAGCACUGGUCCUUUCUGUGCAUGUGAAAACCAAUAUUUUUUUCCAGCAAUAAUUUCUAUAAGUAGUCUCAGAUAUUGCAGUAAAGUUGUUUUCAGCACAGUACUGUUUGUACAGCUCAAACAUUUUUCUUUUAUUUAGAAUGGGUUCCAAAUAUUCUUUCUUUGAAUCCUUUCGGCACCAAUGAGCGGGAACCCUUGGAAAAGAGUCAAUAUGGCACUUAGCGAUGUUAUUACUACUUCAUUAAGCAUUAAAUAUAUUUAUGGGAAAAACCUCUCCUAGAAUUGUCUGUUCUCGUUCUUUUAAUAGCAAACCGUUGAACAUAUUUUAUUAUAACGUCUCUUUGCCUUUCAAGGUUGCCCAAAUCCCAAAAUGCUUUGAAUAUUGCAGAUUUUAUGCCGUCAUUAACUUUUAGAUGACAUUUAAAAGUACAAUCACAAUAUUUGACGUAUAUUUUUUGGAAACCUUGGCAGUCGAAUCUUUCCAGUUGUUGCUACAUGUUCUAACCCUUUGUUUCUUUUUUAUUUUCUCUGGCUGGCUUUUCAUACUUUAGGAUCACUUUUUUCUUCUGAUCUUUUUUCUUGUGUGUUUAGUGCUAAAUUAUAAUGAUUCUCAGUCUGUUGUGUAGACGUAGCAUUUAUACUAGGUAUCGUAUUUUCUUCAGGCGCGUUUAUUCUGUUGUUGUUUUGUCCGGCCAAGGUAUCUUCAGCCAUCUCUUCGUUUUCAGCCAAUUCUUCGUUGCCAGUAUAUUUCUCUGCAAAAAAAUAAUAAUGACAGUAUUCAAUCUCUGCAAUUAAAAUAUUUUAAAGUUACCGUGAAUUUCCAAAGGAUCGUAUUCAACGUAUCCAUUGUGUUCAAAAGUUGCACUAGAUUCGCAAUCACUAUCAUCAGAACUGAUUCCUGGAAUAGAAAUAUUAGGUUUCUUCGGGUUUUUAUUAUUACUGUUCUAGAACUAUCAGGAGCAUGCGCGGAAGAAACGGACCUGUUCGGGUUUUUGUUGGAUUAUUAAGUUUAAGGGUCCUCUCUCUCGUGAAAAAACAUUCUAGGGCCUUGUCUUCGGAUGAUUUAUCAGGUACCGGUAUGAAAUCAUUCAUAUUCAGUUCUAAAAUAGAUAAUUCUACAUUUUACUCAACAUUCUUUUACUAGCGAAAAAGCGUAUUAAAUUACCUUCGCUUCCCAUUUCUAAAUCUAAGUAAAAAUUAACAAACAAAAUAUACUAAAACAAACAAAACAAACUGCGUACAAAACUUUUGUGAAAACUUCAUAAGAAAGAAGUGUAGUUAUGGUUACUGACAAAUGACAAAUAAUUUUCUGUUCUGUGUUGCCGUAGUCCUGGGUUCAGGCUGUUCGGGGUUUGGCAAAAUUCUGAUAGUUCACGGACUAUUCCUAACCGCUUCCGAGAUCUUCCCCUUUACGCAUUCAGUCUUGCGCAGUUCCAGAGCCGUUCCGUUACAGUACUGAAUUUUGAACCCGAAAAUACCUAUUGUUCGUCUAAAAAAACUCAAAAAUAAGGUGUAAAAAUAGCACUAGUGCGAUAAAAAUUUUGUCGUACUACUUUUGCAUUCGUAUUCCAAGAGAGCGUAAAAGAAAAUAGUGAUUUUUGCAUCACGAUAUAAUAAAUAACUUGCCUAUUUAUAAUAAUGAAUAAUUUUUUACUUGCUAAUCUGCAAUAUGAAGUUCAAAAUAUAAUAUAAUAAAUAUUGAUGUUAUGUAUAGUUACGAUUAAAAUAAUGGAAAUUAAUGAAUUUACCUACCUUCAUCAUGAGAUUUUCUUGGAUUGUAUGAGGUAUCACUGCCUUGUUUUGCUAACUCAAUUAUAUUUUAGCACGAGAAGACAUUUUCAUAUAUAAUAUUUGUAAUAUAAAUACACUACUUCAUUGCCGAACUGGACUGGUGGCAGUGUUGCCAGAUGCAAAAAAGUGGUUCAUAAGCCUUUAUCGUAAAAUUCCAUGAUAGGCGCUUACGUCUUUAAGAUUUUGCAUUUUCUACCCAAAAUAUUUUACAACUGAUAAUUCCCAACAAUUUUGCAAAAUUUACCUAAAAAUGGUUUAUACGCCUUCAUGGCGUAAUGCCAUGAUUGGUGUUUACGCCUAAAUAAUUGUACGUUCCUUAGAAAAUACAUUACAAACUGUUACUCUACUUAUUUAGUCAAAUGAUUAAAAGGUUGCAACCGAUAAUUACUAGACAUUUUACAUGUUUACCUAGAAGUGGUUCAUACGCCUUUGCAUAAUAAUACCAUGAUUGGCGUUUACGCCUAGACAAUUUUGCAUCCUUUGGCAUAAUAUAUUAGAAACUGUUAUUCUACACAAUUAAUUAACUAAUUUACUAUUGCCAGCUGAUGAUUAAUUGAAAUUUUACAUAUUUACCUAAAAAUGGUUCAUACACCUCUAUGGCAUGCUGCCACUUGUAGGAUUGGCGUAUAUGCCUAUAUAAUUUUGCGUUUUUUGACCAAAAUAUACUACAAAUCCGCAAGCCGUUUGGUCAGAUUAUGCGCCAUACUAUUAGGUAUCGAUUCACGAAAAAAGUGAUUUUGGCCAGAAGUGGCGUAUACGCCCCUAUGACGUGAGACCCUCGAUAUAGUUUGCCUUUCAGAAGUUCCAAGUUAUAUUCUUGGGUGCAAGUUUAGUUUUAUAUUGAAAACAUUUGCCUAUUGGACAUCUUUACGGUUAGUUGAUGUUUAUUUAACUGAAAUGCGUAUGCUGCCUUAAUAUUUGUACAUAUGAUGGUAAAAAUAUACUAUGAUUAUAUACUUAUAGGAAGUUGAAAUUUAAAAAGAUUUCCCUCAUUUUAUUAUAUAAAAGGGGACUCACAUAAAGAUAUUUACUGUUUAUCAUAUAAAGCGUACAAUUUUUAAGACUGUUGAAAUUGAAGUAUUACUAUCUCCGAGUAGCUAUACAUAGAUAGAUAAUGAUUGUACACCAGUUUGCAAUGAAACUUGUGACAAAAUAUAAGCGAAUAUAACCGCAAAAGUGUUUUAUUAAAAUUCCAACCAUGAUGCAAACCAGAACUCUUUGAGUCCAGAGUGUCUCUGGAUUCGACGUAGUGACAACUAUACUAAAAAGCACAUGAGUCUUUAAAACCAAGCAGGCUAACAGAUAUAGUUAAUGCUACAAUGUCAAUUUUGUAUAGUUAUUCGUUUACAC